UACACUUGGUAAGUAGAACAGACAUCAAUAUAGACGGGAACAAUCCUUAAAUUUGCGUAGUAAUAAUCGUUCAAUCACGGUAAAAUGUUGUGUUUAGAACCUUUAGAAGUGCAAUGUAGCAGUUUUGUGAUGGAGAAAAUGACAUCAGAUAUUAUAAAUAUAUAACUUGCUGCACAAAAUGUGUAUAGGCUAACGUUAGCUAAGCUAAUUCAAUUCAAGUUUGUUUAUUUCUUAACGUGUAAUCAUGCAAGGUAAUAUAUCAUAGGGGAUUGUAUGAUUUUAGUUAUGAUGUGUUUUUCGUUACCAGUAGCUCACAAUAAUAUACAUUUUCUGAAGAACAUUGUUGCCAGAUUGGUGUGUUUUUAAGUAAAUGUUCAAAAUCCACACAAAUAUAUAUACUAAACACACAAAUCCUACCAAAAUUAAACAAUACAAAUUAUUUUUUAGCUACAACAAUAUUGUGGCUCAUCACAAUUCAAUAUUCAUAUUUCAUAAUAAAGCAAAUUAAGUGCACUUCUCCUAAGAAGGCUACUUGGUAACUAUUUUCUAGGUCUGUCCUUUGGCACACCAGAAAUAUCAAAGUACCACUGGUCCAAGUCCAUUUUACCCUACAUAGUACAACUCAAAACCAAUCUGCCAACACUGAUAAAGAAAUCAAUCACACUUGUAAAAAAUAUUUUAUAAACAAUUCUGAAUAUAUAUAUUUUUUCUGUUAUCAGGUCCUUCAAAUUUGUCAGCUGCUAACAUUCUCCUUUAUUUCAACACCAUUUCUCACACACAGACACACACACACACACACACACACACACAAACCAAAGGCACUUUUAAGAGCCACGUCUGUCUUGUUAGUCUGUACUUGCUCUCUGUAGCUCACUUGCUUACUUGCCCAUUUCUUUAUCUUGUUCACUCUUUCACUCUCUCUCUAUCUCUCUUUCUCACUCUCUCUCUUUGUCUGUUUACAUCUGUAGUUGUCAUAUCUGUCCAUCUUCGUUGUGAGUCUUUCUGUCUGUUUGUGUUUCUUGUUCAUCACAAUGAGUGAUUCAGAACUCCAAGAAGAGUUAUUGAAUCUGGAUACCCUGGUUGAUCAUCAUGAACUCAAUAAUGAGCUUCAAAGUCUUGAUGAUUUGCUUGGUGAGCCGCAGCAAGAGGAGGAAGCAGCACCAGUAAAGCCAACUGAACCAAGGGUGCAUUGGAGAAAAAGAGACAUUGACGGCAACACUGUCUAUGCAAGACCAAGGUCAAGCAGGAAUCAGUCAAAUCAGACUGAUCACGUUCGCAAAACUGAUCCUCCCAUGACUGUUUCUGACACUAACUGUGAGGUGACUUUUGCUCCAGAGACUGUUGAGUGUUUUCUGCAAGAUCUCCAGCACUCUCUUAUAGAUACCUCAGAUGAUGAGGCAUCACCUUCUGGAACCUCAACAGAUCCUCUCCAGGCUUCCUUGAACUGGAGCAUGCGACAGAGUCUCCUUUCAGAGAGAUGGAGGGCAGAAAGACCCCAUCUAGUGAACAUUACAGUUGAACAAGAAAAUGUGGGAGCACACAUCUGUCAACAUUGUGGGAGCAAUCCAGCUGUUGUCCGAUGUGGUGACUGUCGACCCCGACCCUUUUUCUGUGACCUAUGUGAUGUGAGCAGGCACACCAUUCAAGUCCUUCACAACAGAGAUGCCAUGACAGCUGGAUUCUUUCAACCAUUGUCUCCAACAACUUUCAUUGUGGAUAAGGCAUUGUCUGAUUGUGUACGGCUUGUACCUGUGGAGAUACCUGACAAAAUCUGUAGUUGCUCUCCACGGUCAUUAAAGGUCAUCGCAGGAAAGGCUGUUGCUGUGGUCACAAUAAAUGGACGCCAUGAUCUUAACAUGCCUGAGUUAAGCUGUGAGGCAUGUCAAGCCAAAUGGGUUGCUGGAGUGGCUGACCUGAUAAGAAGUGGCUACUGGCCUGCAACUCUUCAUUUUGCCACAAUCUAUGCAACAGAUGUCUUUAUUUCAUUUGAAGACAUGAAGAUGGCAGCACCAGGACUGUCAUGUCAAGCUUUUUUAAGAAUGUUGGAUAAGCGAACUGAACACUUUGGUCGUAGUGGUAAGAUCUCGCCUGAUAGCUUUCAGAAAAGUUUUUUUGAAUGGAAGGCUGUGCAAUAUGAGGUGGAAAACAUCUGCAAGGAAGAGCCCUUCAUCUGUCCUGCGUGCACACCAUCUAUGCUUGCGGUUUCAGUAGAUGGAAAUCGCAAGCAUUACCGUUUCAAGAAUGCAGCUAGAUCGGAGGAACAGGCCAUUUUUGAAGGUGUUUUUAUAGCUCGGGAUGAAGAUGUGACAAGAUUUGUGGAUUACAUUCACCAAACAACCAAACAUGUCAGUGGAAGAGGUGUUUGCGGAGGGGAGUGGUCAGCAGCCAGAGAAACCUCCCAAAGAUCUGCCAGCAAGGUAGACGAGGAAGGAUUAGAGCUUGCGGUGUGUCGGCAUGGAGUGCUUCUCCAUGCUUUAAAUAUGUACAGGGGGGAAAUUUUUGCAUACCCCCUGUAUUUGCAGGAAAAGCUGUCCAGUAGGCAAAUCACCUUUUUUUGUAUGGAUGUGACCUGUAAAUAUUGGCCCUACCUUCAAAAAGUGUCAAGAAGCUGCCCAGAGCUCCAGCACCUUCUUGACAUGAAGCCCUUCCUCUCAGUUUUUCAUGCGAAAGCACAUGAUUUUAAGUGUGAGGUGAAGUGGAGUGGGGCUUAUCAGGAUGGGGCUGGUUUAACUCUUGGGGAGGAGGUGGAACAGUGUAAUGCUUUCCUCUCUAGAAUUGCAGUGACUACAAAGCAUAUGUCAAAAGCAGGUCGUACUGACAUGCUCACUCUGAUGGCUAUGCACUGGAAUCGGCAAAAGUUUAAGAAUUUGGCCACCUCACUGACUUGCCGAUAUCAGAAGGCCACAAAAGCCCUUCAAAGCCAGCUGGAAAACCUGGAGUCGAUGAAAGCUCAACUGGCAGUAACAUCGAGCCAAUUAGAAGACUGGGUCAAUGAUGUACAGGAUUGGUCAAAUGCAGCAACCACAACAAGUGAUGUUGAUGCCUUGGCCAGCAGAAUUGAGGUGUUGGUGGCAAGUAUCAAAAGGCGUUCCCAGCGUCUCUAUAAAGAAACUGAUGGCAGCAAGGGUCGUGCCAGGUUCCGGCGCAAGAUAAGGGAGGAGAAGGGGACUCUGGCUUCUUUUAUGGAGAAAUACAACCAAAUGGUUCCAAGCACUGAAACUCUAUGCUUGGAAACCAUUCUCUCUGGUGAGACAGCUUGGCCAUGGCAGCUACCACACACGGACUCUGUCAGUCUGCAGACAAAGAGAAAGGCAUUUGACGUCAUCAUGUCACUAAAGAGACUUGAGGAAGAGAAGAAGAUUCUUGUGGCAGAAAUGAGCCACCAUUGGAAAUUUCUUUCAGCUCGUGCCAAUGCCCUUAAAGAGCUGUCCUGUCUUAUUUCUAGUGACACAAUGGAAGGUUUGCCCUGUGGCCUAAGUGGAGAGUGUAUAAAAGGUCUGCAGAGCAUCAUCCUCAGAAAGCACCAUAAAGUCAAAGAAAUGAAGGUGCUUGCUAGAGACUGUUAUCUGCAAGUACUGUCUGGAUCGGAGAACAUCAACUUUUUGGAAAAUUCUUCAUCUGAUGAGUAUGAGAGUGACAAUGAAAUGUAUGAAAGUGAUGAUGAACUGUAACCCACAAGCGACUGAUCACGCCACCACCUGCAGCCAAUCAGACUGGCUAUAUAAGCUCCUCAAGAACUCUGAACUUUGCGAAGUCUUGAUUUGCCCAGUGUGAUCAUUACGGAGCGUUAUUAUUCUGAUUGUGUUUAUUCUGUUGUGACCUGGUUUGUUAAUUUGGAUUAUUGAUUGUUAUCUGCCUGCCUCUGAUCUCGGCCUGUCCCUGUUUAUAAUUCUGGAUUGUCCCUGUAUGUUAAAGCGUAACUAAACCCAUGGUCAGAGCCUGACUCCACCCACUGGCAAUAUUUGAAAAAUGCAAGAAAAGUGGGCAGAUCUCAACGGAGAUAGAGGGGACGAAUUAAGCUCAUAUCAAGUGUAAGAUCGUAACAAGGGCGUGGUGAGCUUGAACCUGCUUACGUCACGAGGCAUUUUUUGGACCCAACAUCCAAUAGGAAAAUUCAACUGCAGUAGCCACCGUUCAACCUGAAGAGGGCAGCACUCAGACGCUUUUACACCAUAUAUUGUAGUAUUGAAACACUUUAUAUCCAAAUGUCAAAAAAGUUACUCAAAUCAAUGAACAGCACUAAUUAAGCAUCAUUCUUACAGAUCAUUAACUAAAAAAAGUUGGUUUAGGGUUUAGUUACUCUUUAAACACUGUGUCAUUAAUAACACUGCAAAUGGAUCCUCUGUCUCGUGACUCCUCGUUACAUGUUUCUUUGGAUCACAAACAUUUUACAUUUAAAAAAAACUUUUAUGACCUUACAUUGUUUCUUACAAAGUUGUCAGUAAAAUGUUUCUCUCUAAUAAAUUGUAUCAAAACCAUUGGCUCAGAAUUCUGAGCCGUUUUGAAAUGACAAGCUUUGAUGUUUUUGCUGUUGUGUUACAAUUAAAAAUUAUGAACAAAAUAUUUCUUAGUGAAAAAUAUUGACACAAAAUGAAUUGAGAAUAGGGAUGCAUAACGAUUAAGUGCUAUUAAUCUAUAGCAGAAUGAAAGUUUUUGUUAACAUCAUAUAUGUGUGUGAACUGUGUAUUAUAACUUUGUAGAUAAAUGCACAUCCAUGCAUGUAUAUAUUUGAGAAAUGUUUACAUGUGUAUAUACAUUUGUAUAUUUAUGUAUAAUUUAUAUUAUAUGUAAAUACUUAAUAUAUACAUUUAUUUAUUUUUCUUCAAAUAUACAUGCAUUUGUGCACAUAUUAUUAUUAUUAUUAUACACAGUUCACACACAUAUAGUGUAAUUCUGCUAUAGAUUAAUCACGAUUAAUCGUUAUGCAUACCUAAUUGUAAAAGAUAACAUGGUUAACAGAAGAUAGGCUUAUUUUUAUGUUUUUUUUAUUUUGUGGAAAUUUGAUCAUUUAUUACAUUUAAAAAAGAUUUAAUGUAAUUCUUACA